CCACACCCUCGCAUCUCCACGAAUCAGCUCAAGACCGCUGCAUCAGCUGGGAUACUGUUGCUGAACAUUUGGACUGGUUUGCAGCCCGUAACACAACAUCUGGGGAAGUCGCGGCUCGCCACCUGUGUACGGGAGGUAAAAACACCUCGCGCUUCUCCAGCGCCGUUGUCCUUACACCUUUGCACCUGCCCUUAAAUAGCAAUAAAGUUGUUGCGCACCUCCUACACUCACCUUGCGUUCUUCUGCUCUACAGUUCAGCUUGUCGACAGCUGUCCGGCGAUCCGAGUGAGAUCCUCGGCAACGAGUCUAACUCCACCCUCACAAGCCUAUCGACAGGUAGCGCCCAUAAUGUCUUCCUCCGUCUUCUACAAGUUCAAGAAUCAGAAGGAACCUGAGCGCAUCACGUUCCAUGGCACCGGCAUCUCCGUCUUCGAGCUGAAGCGUGAGAUCAUCACCGCGACCGGCCUAGGCGAUGGCUCCGACUUCGACCUUCACCUUUACCCUGAAGACGACCCAACGUCCGAAUACAAUGACGACACAACCGUUAUUCAGCGCACGAACACCGUUAUUGUAGCCCGUCGGCCGGCUGCCCGCGGUCACGGCAAGGCCGCCCGUUACGUUAGCGGAAAAGCCCCGGUUCGCGCUCUUCCGAAACCCGCUGCUAAGUCUGCCACACCCGCAACAGGCGCCGCCGCAGUGCUCGACGCCGAGGCUGCCUUCCUUGCCGAAUCAGAGCAGGCUUGGGAACAACAGAAAGAAGCGCUCUCUCAAGUCAAGUCGACUCACCACAAAAAAAAACCUAUCAAUGUGCCCAAUCACGACCCACCCGCAGGCUACGUCUGCUACCGAUGCCACCAAAAGGGCCACUGGAUACAACUGUGCCCUACGAACGACGAUCCCGAUUUCAAGCCAGUGGCUCGUCCGAAGCGCACCACUGGUAUUCCCAGAUCUUUCCUCAAGACGGUGGAGAAGCCUGUGGAUGAGGAGGAUGCCCGUGGCGUCAUGCUGAACGCCGAGGGAGAGUACGUUCAGGUCAUGACCGAUACCAAGACAUGGGAGAAGUUUCAAGAGAAGGCAAAUGCUGCGAAGGCCCACGCGGCUGAGGCCGAGGCCGUCAACAAGGAGGCACAGAAGCGUGGUUUUGCGUGCCCGAUUGACAAGCGCAUGUUCGUGGACCCCGUGAAGACCCCUUGCUGCAGCAAAACCUACUGUCACGAGUGCAUUGAGAACGCCUUGGCGGAUGAGGAUCUGGUUUGUCCUGGUUGUGGAACGGAGAAUGUCUUGAUUGAUGAACUUGCUGCGGAUGAGGAAAUGGUGCAGAAGGUUAAGGCGUACAUGGCUGAAAAGGCCAAGGAGAAGGCGGACAAGGAACAGCAAGCAAACGAGGAAGCUCAGGCAGCUGCCAAACCUUCAACCCCUAACAAUGAAGAUACCAAUUCUGUGCCUCCUGCUGAUGAGACGACAAAGGCUGGAAAACCUACAUCUUCAGACACCCCAAUUGCUAGCGGAAAUGGCUCUGAUAGUGACACAUCGGGUACAUCCAAGAAGCGCAAGGAUCCGCCUACGGAGAUCAAACCUCCCACAGCUCCGAAGGCGAUGCGCCAGCAGAAGGAACAGCAGCAACGCCAAGCCCAGGACACCACUGAAUCGUUAAUUCAGAACUUUCAAGCCGACAUGGAAGCGAUGUUCAAGGGCAACCCAAACAUGCCCGUUUCUAUGCCUAUGCCAGCAAAUCCCAUGAUGGCCAUGGCCAAUGCCCCUAACAUGAACGGCAUGGGCAUGAAUGGUGGUAUGAACGGCUUUCCAAUGAACGGCAAUUGGAACAACAGCUACAACCAGGGCUUCCCGAACAACAUGGGGUACGGUGGCAACAUGAACCAGGGCUGGAACGGCUACAACAAUAAUAUGGGCUUUGGGAACAUGCCUAAUCAGAUGAACGGUAUGAAUAGCUACGGUGGUGGCUGGAAUCAGCAUCAGGGCUACAACAACAACAGCAACAACAUGGCUGGGUGGCAGGGUCAGCAAGAUGCAUACGAGCGCAAACCGUUGAACCCACACCGAAGCCAGAAUAAGCACCGCAAAGCGCGUGCUCCUGACUUCCAUGUUUUGUGA